AGGACGAAGCACAUGUCCUACACGAUUUACGUAAUUUUAGCCACAAAUGUCUCAGAUCCUUAGACUGUGUUGUUCUAGCUUAUACAGCAAACCAAUUACUUUUCAUUUGACAUGUCUUCCCCUCAAAAUAGAAGUAGAAGUCAUCAGACUCCAGGGUUGCAAUGGCUGCAGGGCCUUUAGAUCUAACAGUAACAGAGGACAGGGACCACAGCAUAUCCAUGGAGGUGUAUCCAUGCAUGUUCGUCGUCAUGAUUCAUUUCCAAGUGUCCGUUAUAAAAAUAAACGAAGCUAUGGAAAGGCAUGGUUUAAAGAGAAGGAAUAUGAAAACACAGUCAACAUAGAGAAGUUAAAGUCAAAAGGAAUCAAUUACAAGAACUUAAAAAGCUCUUCAACGUUUGAGGGAAAGGAUAAACCCUAUCUUCAUAUUGAUGGCUGGGAAAAUCAGUUGAAGAAAUUUCAGAAACAGAUUUCACAUCAAACUGUUGGUAGUGAACCAGAACAAAUAAAUGACAUGGAACAUUUGAAUGUGGAAGAAAUACAUGGAACGCUCCAAAAUCUGGAAGGAAUGCAGAAACCAUUUCCUUCCACUGAAAACAAGACUGUGAAUACUAAUAAUAGUGCUAAUGAACAACUAACACAAAUAAUAGGAUCAACGUCAAAAUCUUUACAGUCUGUCAAAGAUGCUUUAAAAGAUGAAAAAAUUAGUCAGAAUGACCAAAGAUUUCAUCAUCAAGUGAAUUAUAAUGACUCAAGAAGAAUAUCUGAAACAGAAAUAAGCUCAGUUGAGGACUAUUUAACUGCAAAUGUUAGUGAUAAAAUUAAAAAUCAGAAUAAGAGAAAACCACAUGGAAAGGUCAGAACUGCUGUUCAAAAGUCAAGUACUUCUAGUUCUAAAUUAAGAAAUUUAUCUGGAAAUUUGAAAUCAGAAAAAUUUUCAAGUUGUCCAAAAUCAGAAACAAUUUCUAGUAGUCCAAAAUCCGAAACAUUUUCCAGUAGUGAAAAAUCAGAAACGUUUUCAAGUAGUCCAAAAUCCGAAAUGUUGAGUCAUUGGAAGCCAGAAAAUUUAUCAGGAAUAAAUUUCAGCAAGCAAACUAAUAGUACAGUUGUGGAUGUUACUGAAAGUAUAGAUGCUCCUUUUGAAUUAGGGUCACAUGCUAUGGACAGUUCAAAAGACUCUUCCAAAAUAGCAACAAAGACAAAAACAAGUAAAAAACAUACUGAACAAAAGUCAAAGAAGAAGAAAGAUUGGAGUCAGCAUUUAGAUAAUAAUAAUAAAACUGUAGAAGAUAUUGAAAGGAAAAAUGCAAUAUUUAAUAUGGAUUUUAGAUACUUCGUAGAUGCAUGUCUGUUUUCAGAUCAGGCUGACAAAGCUUACUUUGCUUUGAGGUAUAAUAGACACAAGCAGUUUAAGAAGCCAGAAUAUGCCAUCACAGAUAAUUCCAUAUAUUCUACUCUGCUUCAACAUUAUGCAGUAAUUGGCGAUGUAACAAAAAUGGUAGAAAUAAUGGAUUGUUUAAAAGAGCAGGAUGAUAUCAAGCCAUCAUUACAGUGCUAUUCAGCUUUUCUGAGCUAUCUUGGAAGGCAAACACAAAUGGAUUUAGAAAUGGGACAGGAGAUACUAAAGGAGAUCAGUUCUCAGGGUUAUGAUGUAAAAAAUAUUUUCAAUGAAUGUGUGAUGAGGAAAAAUGAAAGGCAAAUUAUUCUAAAAGCUUUUAAUCAGUUGAUAGAGGAUUUUGUGCCACAUCCUGCAGAAGGACCCCGGCCUUAUACUGGACCUCUUCUCAAACCUCUUAAUGAACCAAUUGAUGUAUCUCAGGUACAAGAAAUGAACCCUUAUCAUGGUGUUAUCACACCUGAAUAUCUCCACGAGCAGACCAAGAAACAGAUGGCCCUUGAGAAAAAUGAUGUUAUAUAUGUCAAAACCAUAGAGAAGAAACGACCUUUGACGGAGACAGACAUUGAAAUGAAAAAUAAAUUGGAAAAAUUGAAAAAGAACUGGAGAUAUAUUUUACUGUGCGCUUUUGAAAAAGAAAUAGAGCGAUUAGAGAAGACAGAGAAUGGUAAUAGUGACGUUUGCAUCUCUCCAUUUUUGAAACUGUUUAAACCAGAAGAAUAUGUUGACCUGAUGAUGACAGAAGUGGAACGUUUAUGUCUUGGAUCAGGUGGAUACAGUCCGUCUGCAAACCAUUUAUGGCUGAUGUUUGGUAAAAGAAUUUAUCAGAUGUGUCUUAUAAGAUUCAAAGAUAAACAUGGAAUUACAGACCAGAUAUUAAAGCAAUACAAUGAUUUUGCUGAGUUGUAUACAAGAGAAGAUUUCCCAUAUAACAACCAAAGAGAAUGUUGGCAAGAACUAGGUCAAAAAUAUCUAGAUGGACCGUCUGCUGAUCUAUCUAUGAAAAGAUGGUCUGACCAUUUGAAGAAAAAAAUUGGAAAGACUUUAUAUGAGUUAAUAAUGUACAAGUUAACAAUAGACGGUAGUGUAUUAAGUGAUCCAGAUAAUGGAACAGAACAGGAUGGUCAUUCCAAGAACAAGAUUCCAGCAUUUUACUACGUUUAUAGAUCAUAUAAAGGGAAAUCUAAAGCAGAAGUUAAGCCUCAUCCAAUUGUUCUAAAGUUACAUGAUGGUAAUUAUAUCCAAGAUAUUCCAUUUGAGACGUCAGAGCUUCCAAUGUUAGUGCCACCUAUACCAUGGCACGCACCAGACAGGGGAGGCUACCUCCUAAAUCAACCAAAGACCGUGAGAAUGGUGGAUAGAUCGAUGUCCAAUAAUUCCUCUGUAAUUGAAUCUGUACCAAGUCACAAGUUAAAUGGCGUAUUUGAUGCUUUGAAUAUUCUUGACAUGUGUCCAUGGAUCAUCAACAAACCAAUGUUAGAAGUGGUGAUAGAUUUGUUCAACAAAAAGGGAGAUAAGAAUUUAGACAUACCCCAACCUCCAUCAGAAUGUCCUGCACCACCAAAAAUAUCUCCUGACAUGACACCUGCCCAGAAGAAUGAAAUAAAGUUAAAGAGAGGCCAUCUAAAACAACAAAAAUCAGAGAUGAACAGCCUGUGGUGUAGUGCACUGUAUAAACUUUCCAUUGCCAAUAAGUAUAAAGAUGACAUUUUCUGGUUCCCGCAUAACCUUGAUUUUAGAGGACGUACUUAUCCAUGUCCACCUCAUUUUAAUCAUCUAGGAGAUGAUGUUACGAGAAGUAUAUUAUGUUUUGCCAAGGGUAAACCUUUAGGGAAGAAAGGACUUGAUUGGCUUAAAAUACAUCUGAUAAAUCUUACUGGAUUGAAAAAGAGAUCUUCCAACAAAGAAAGACUUGCUUAUGCUGAUGAAUUGUUACCUGAAAUUUUUGAUUCAGCUGACUAUCCAAUGGAUGGAAACAGAUGGUGGCAAGCUUCAGAUGAACCAUGGCAGACUUUAGCAGCCUGUAAGGAAAUAGCUAAUGCUGUAAGGAGUCCGGAUGUAGAGAAAUAUAUUUGUUAUUAUCCUGUCCAUCAGGAUGGUUCAUGUAACGGUUUACAACAUUAUGCAGCACUUGGACGUGACAAGGCAGGAGCUGAGUCGGUUAAUUUGUUCCCAUUUGAAGCUCCUAAAGAUGUAUACAGUGAUGUUGCUGAAUUGGUAGAAAAAGUAAGACUGAUAGAUGCAGCAAAUGGAGACGAAAUUGCACAAGUGUUAGAAGGAUUUGUUCGUAGAAAGGUUAUUAAACAGACAGUUAUGACCACAGUGUAUGGUGUGACACGUUAUGGGGCCAGAUAUCAAAUAUUAAGACAAUUAAAAGACAUUCCAGAAUUUCCUGAGAAAUAUCAAUGGAAAGCCAGUCAUUACCUUACAGAGGCUACCUUCAGUUGUCUACAGCAAAUGUUCACAUCAACGAAAAUGAUCCAGGAUUGGUUCACAGAAUGUGCUGAUAUAAUAUCAAAGACCUGUAAUAAACCAGUUGAAUGGGUUACUCCCCUUGAUUUACCUGUACUUCAGCCUUAUUUUAAACAGAAGACUGUUAAUCUCAAAGGAAUAACCAAGUUAUCAGGAGAGUUUGAUAGACCUGACAAGCCUAAUAGUCAGAAACAAAAGAAUGGGUUCCCUCCAAAUUAUAUACAUUCCUUAGAUUCUGUCCACAUGAUGUUAACAGCUUUGUUUUGCUGGAGAGCUGGUAUUACCUAUGUUUCUGUUCACGACUGUUACUGGACACACCCAUGUGAUGUAGAUAUAAUGAACAAGAUAUGUAGAGAACAAUUUAUAGCCAUACAUAGCCAACCCAUUCUGGAAGAUUUGUCUAAAUUUAUGUUGGAAAGAUUUGGUGACAUACCAGAUGACCUUACAUUGAGAGCUCUUUUGAAAGAAUGUCUAAGUAGAGUGCCAACCAAAGGUACAUUUGAUCUUAAUAGUGUACAGAACUCAACAUACUUCUUUAGUUGAUGUGAGCUGUAUGUAGACCAACAAAUAUCAUGAUUCAGAUACUCCAGAGAUGCUCAGUCAGAUAUACUCAGGAAGUCAUGUGACUGUAAAUAAACCCUGACCAUGUGACUCUAAAAUCAACCUAACUGUGAUAUAGACUAGUAUAGAUCGUGAAGAUAUAAAGUGUAAUUUAUGAUAUUCUAAAACAUUCUACAUGUGAAAUGAUAGUAUGAUCUAUUUCAAAAGAUCGAAUACUAUCCAUUUUAAUUAUGCUAUGCAGUAUCAUCUUAACAAAUGAUUUUUUAACCAUGAAGAAUAUUGAUGUCCCAUAUUGUAACAGAAUUGUCCCAUAUCAUCUGUAACUGGUGAAUUGCAACAUACAUUUCCUUACUUCUUUUUGUAACCAUUAGGGAGAGAGAUUUGUGAUGACUAAUAUGACAAGGGAAGAAGCUGUGAUAAUGUCAGGUGGAACACCCCUCCCCCCCCUUUUAGUUGGAAAAAAUGUUGGUUUUUUUUGCACAAAAUCACCAUGUUAUGUGAUAUUUUGUACAAUGAAAGACAAUUAUUGUACAAAAUAUCACGUAACAUGCUGAUUUUGUUCAAAACAAAUCAAGGAAAGGGGGCAUAAUUCCUCGAUAUGAAAUCUUUCCAAAAUGAUUUCUACAAUUUAAUAUUCAAAUAUAUUAUUAAGAUGCUUUAACAAGAAAAUGUAUGUUAAAAAAAAGCGCCAAUAUAUUGUCUACUGGACAUUAAACUUAUUGAAUUAGUAAAAUUUUUGUUUUCAAAUGUUAUGUCUUAUAAAGAUUUACAUGGUGCUUCAUAGAUGUUUGUUGUAUAGUGCUAAAUUUUUUUUAAUUACUUCUUUAACCUCAGACAUGUGACCAAUAGCAGCUGUAUGCUAAUUUUUUAUAUGAUGAUGUUGAAGAUAUUAUAUGCUCAAGUUAUGAACAUUUAUGCAUAUGUUUAACAAAAUGUUGACAGUAAUAAACCCAAUGAAAUUCUGAUGCAUGAAUAGACAUUUUUCUUAAACCUACAUUCUGUAGAUUGCUAGUAAUGUCCAAAAUUUACCAAAGUUUCCAAGGGCUUUUCCAGUAAAAAUAUGCUCUUGGACGGAGACCCCUACUGUAUUCAUAAUAGAUUUAAUACAUCAAAAUGACAUAUAAAACCUUCCCUGUAUAUAACACUAAUAUUGAACAUUUUUGUUUGCUGUGAUACAUAUUUAUAUCAGUAAUCAUAAGGAUCUCUAAUCAUGUAUAAAUUAUAAUAUGAUUUAUUUUUUCAUUAUUAAUCUGGACACAUUGUUGGACUGCAUACUGUAAUGCAUUUCUGUGAAAAAAAGAUUGUUGUGUAAAUUAUUAUGGUUGUGAUGAAAAAUGAACUUGUUGAACAAAAAAUUCCUGGUCUAAUCAAAAUUCUACAGAUCAAAUUAGACUUGAAUUUUCCCUAUAAUGAAUUUAUCUUUUAUAUGGUUUAGGUUGAGCACUGAAUGUCAGUAUAAAAAGGUUACAAUAUAACGUAAUUUGAGUUUUAACUUUUCCCUGUGACCACCAUUUUUGAGGGGUAAAUGGUUACUAAUAAUUUUCCUAUUUGACUAACCAAAUUGAUACAUUUGGUUCCAACAAGUCAGAUAAAAGAUACUUACUAGAUAGAAGUGAUGAAUCAAGCAAGGCUAAAAAAAAUUAAAAUUGUUCAGAAAACAAUUUUUAUGCCCCGGCCAUAGCGGAGGGGGCAUUAAGUUUUACCCUUGUCCGUCUGUACGUCCCACAAAUUGGUUUCCGUUCUCUAACUUCAGUUUGCCUCAACCAAAUGUUAUGAAACUUGUACACAAUGCUUAUUACCACAAAACACAGAUCAAAUUUGCAUUUUGGUGGCGACACUUUUACUGUUCUAGAGUCAUGUCCCUUUAAAAAUGGAAAAAUUGCUGAAUUUUUCAUUUCCAUUCUCUAACUUAAGAUUGCUUCGACCAAUUGUUAUGCAACUUGUACACAAAAUUCAGAUCAAGUAUGAAUGUGGGUAGCAUCACUUUUACCGUUCUUGAUUUAUGUCCUAUUAUAACGUUACGUCGUUAAAUGCAAGCGGGGGCAUCAUCUGUGUCCCAUGGACACAUUCUCCAUUUAUUUGUAAAGUCUAGCCGUGAGUAUAACAAGAUGAAUUUGGCUGAUUUAUGAAGGAAUUUGGGCACAUAGUCCUCCAACAUGGAAACUAAUGGGAGGUUACUCUUGCUCAAAUUGUGUCAAUUGAAACCUAUCUAUUAGUGUAUGUCUGGUAUAUAUGUAGCAAUGAAUGCCAGUUUUAGCUGCUGUUUGGUACAAAAAAUGUGCAAGUUGGUACAUGUAAAUGUUGAUCAUUGAAUGUUAGAUUGAACUUGGAUGGUUGAUAUAAGAUGAGCAUUAUGGAUGUUUGCUACUCUGUUUCAAAAAACAAGUUUUAAUAAAAAACUGUUAUAAAUUGAUAGUAUAUAAAUCGAGGAACUGAAAAAGCAGAAAAAAAUGAAGGGUGGUUUUCGAGAUAUAAGCCAUUGAAAAUUUGGCGGGAAAUUAUUCUCUUUAGAUUUUUCUUACAUUUAACAUUGGCACCUGUUUUCUUUAAAAAACUACGAAAAAAUAACAAGGAUUUCAUAAGAUUUUCAAAUAUGGCUUUUAAACUUUAUGUAAUAAAAUUAUGAAAGGAAAAGUAGGGGUUAGCGGGCAAAAUUUUUAAUGGCACUACCAGAGGAUUCCGAAUAUCUGGCAAAAAAUCAAAAACAAUAGGAGUGAACAUCUUUAAAGGAUAAUAUGAUAUUGUGUACAUGUAUAAAGGAGAUCAUUCCAAACUAAUAGUGCUAUUUGAAAGUUAAUAUGGUGGAAUUCAUAUGCAUAUUGACAAAAUCUUGUUAUUGUGUUGCUCUGUUUUUUGUUUUGCAAUUUUUUGAGAAAACAUGUGUGGAAUAAAUUGCACAGUGUGGAAUCAUUAUUAUUUGUAGGAAACCAAUUUUUUUUUUGUAGUAAGUAAAAUAUGAAAUUAAAUGUUCAUUGAAGUACAAAUUUUCUACACACUAGUAUGCGAAAUGAUAUAAUUACGAAAUCAAAUAUCCAUGAAAAUAUAAUUUUAUGAUAUAUGAUAGGUUAAGAUUUUGAAAGAAUCAUUAUUUUUGAUGAAAAAGUUUUUUCACCUUGGGUCAUAAGGAAUUGCAUGAAAAUUGUUAUAUAAACAUAUUGAUAACACUUAUGAAGAACCAUUGAUUCAGUAAAAACAAAUGAAAUAUUUGUAAAAACAAUAUUUGGCAAGUUCUUGUUAAUAAUCAGUGGGUUUUAAACAAACACAUUUUUUCUCAGAAUAGGUUGCAUAUUUUUCACUUCUCAAUUUUUUUAUGCAAUUGGCAGAAAUUGUUAAGAAUAGACAAUUAGCAACCACAAUGUAUAAUAGAUGAGACAGGAAAAGUUUUUUGUAUUCAAUUCUUGUAAAACUAACAGUAUUAAUAGCUAUGCAAUUUAUAUGAGUCCACUGUAUAUGAACAAUGUACUGGUUACAACAAUAACCUAUUAUUAAAGAUAGAAAACUGGA